UCGUCAUCCUCAGAGGGACGCAGCCCACGCCGGCACCCCACAGCGGCCUCGCUAUGGCAAUGGACCGAGGCAGUGGCGUCCCGGAGCAGGAGGACUCGGUGCUGUUCCGGCGCGGCACAGGCCAGAGUGAUGAUUCUGACAUAUGGGAUGAUACAGCAUUGAUAAAAGCUUAUGAUAAAGCUGUGGCUUCAUUUAAGCAUGCUCUAAAGAAUGGUGACAUUUCUGAAACUUCAGAUAAACCAAAAGGCACGCCGAAAAGAAAGCCUGCUAAGAAGAAUAAAAACCAAAAAAAGAAUACCACAACUCCCUUGAAGCAGUGGAAAGUUGGUGACAGAUGUUCUGCCAUUUGGUCAGAAGAUGGCUGCAUUUACCCAGCUACAAUUGCUUCAGUUGAUUUUAAGAGAGAAACCUGUACUGUGAUUUACACUGGAUAUGGAAAUACAGAAGAGCAAAACAUGUCUGAUCUACUUUCCCCAUCCUCUGAAGCAACUAACAGUGUAGAACAGAGUGCUCAGGAGAAUGAAAAUGAAAGUCAAAUUUCAACAGAUGAAAGUGAGAACUCCUCCAGGUCUCCUGGCAAUAAACCAAAUAACAUCAGCUCAAAAGCUGCUCCAUGGAAUUCUUUUCUCCCUCCACCACUCCACAUGCAGGGAUCAGGAUUGGGACCAGGAAAGCCAGGUCUGAAAUUCAGUGGUCCACCACCACCACCACCACCACCACCACACUUCCUAUCAUGCUGGCUGCCUCCAUUUCCUUCUGGACCACCAAUAAUUCCCCCACCACCUCCCAUAUGUCCAGAUUCUCUUGAUGAUGCUGAUGCCUUGGGAAGCAUGUUAAUCUCUUGGUACAUGAGUGGCUAUCAUACUGGUUACUAUAUGGGUUUCAAACAAAAUCAGAAAGAAGGAAGGUGCUCACAUUUCAAUUAAGGAAUGAGAAAGCAGACUCACAAAGGUGAAAUGACUUAGCUUGGCCAUGGUUAACGUGGACCUCUACAACCUCAGAACUCUCCGCACCUCUCAGCUCCGCAGCAACUGCUUCUUCCAGACUCUGUGGAGUCUCGUUCUAUAUGUGCAUAAUUUAGGAUUCAGGCAAAGACCGAAGUGGAAACCCUACAUUAAUUAAUAUGGAAAAAAAAUCCAGAGCCCAAAAAUAACCUCUGUUAGACUUUUCUGAUAUGUUAGGAAACAUCUGCUACAAGGUGCACAAAAGAAAUCAGGAUAAGUAACAGAUGUUCCCAGACACAGUUCAAAGCUAUGGUGGCUUGAUGCUGAGUGUAAUUCCUAGGGAAGGAGCUUGGCAGUGGCUCUAUAAUGGCUCACUGCAAAAUGCUGAAUGCUAGUUUCGUGUUUUGCCUUUUUUCAUAGAAGUGAAAAUCCUCCUGGGAUUUCUUUUGGUUAGAAUAGGUACAGUAUACAGUACUAAUGUAGGUCUUUUGUAAAAGUGAAGUGGCAUAAUGCCAGCUUUCAAAAAGCAGGGGAUAUUUGUAUUCAGUUUAUUCAUUUUAUUUUUUUAAACUACAUUGUCCCUUGUUAUGUAUAGCAAUCUGAUAAGAUAUAUUUAAAUGAAGAUAAGAUGCAAAACUGUGUAGUGUACUACCAGACAUUUGUGUAAAUACGUAUUCAUGUAUGUAUGUGCACCGAUGAUCAUGUCAGGGCAAUACUCAAGUUACCUCUGGAGGGACUAGGAAACGGCACGCGGGAGACUUCAUCGCAUACUUUUUUGUACUUCUAAUUUUGUGCGUCGUACAUUUAUUGACAGUAAAUAAUACUUAAUUAAAAUAAAGCUGAUAAGCUA